GACGGCGACUUGGACUCGGUGCUGGUCUGCUACCGAAAGCUCCGCGAAGGCGUUACGGCGCUGGGCCAGUACGAUCGAUUUGCUGUCAAAGGCAAGUGCGAUGGAUGUCGCGGGUUUGAAUAUCAUGAUAUAUGGCGGUGCACAGCUGCUGAGUCUUUGUGGCAUUGAUACCCCUUUCAGUGUACGAACAGUCUGUGGACCUGUGUCUGACGCUGCACAACUUUGAGGAGCUCUUGCGAUCUCUGUCGCAGCUCAUUGGUGUGGUCUAUCGUCACUGCAACGAUGUAAGUGCCGCAAGAUGCAUGGGGCGGAGUGCUCUGGACUGUGAACCGACAUGCCUCGACUCAUUUGCAGCCCCUCGUCGACGGCAGAGCCCCAGACGGGCAGAAAUGGCCGCCUACUACCUGCUCUACUUUGCCUGUCUGCCACCGGCCCAACCGGGGUCGGCCGAUCGGUGGUCGCGGUCGCCCUGCCAUGGAGAUUCAUGGGAGUUCUGGAAGAUAUAUCGACAACUUGACCCCGAAAUCCAGCAGAGCCAGGAGGUCCGAGCCGCAAUUGACCUGUUCCGAGCCCUGGACAUGGACAUCGACUAUGUCAGAUUUGCGGCGAUCCUAGCUGCUGCGAAAGAGAGUGAUAUGGUGCUGCUCAAGAGAAUCGUGCCCCGAGUCCGAGACCGAGUGUUUGCCAUCUUGAGCAAGGCUUACUUCACCCUGCCCAAGAUGCAGCUGCAGAGCUACCUGAUAUUCACGCCCGACGACAACGACGAGCUUGACAAGUACCUCAUGGGCAAGCUGGGGUGCAGUAGCGCAGAGGAGCUGGAACGACGCAUCGCGGGCGGCACCGUCAGUCUGCGGGUCCAGCGGAGCAAGGUCGGGGCAGCGGCAGCGUAGAUAACAGUGGUCUAUUUGAUGCAAAAACGAC